UUACUGACAACGAGGAGGCACCGAAGCGUUCGUAUGUGAGCUGACUUGUGUAUGUGUGUGAAGAAAAUAUGUAACUUGACCUUGUGAGGGUUGAGCAAGUGUAACACAGGGUGGGAGUUCCAGGCAAAGGCGUUUAGAACCUCCUCUCUCUCUAAUACACACUCUCGUAAAGCCAUAAAAACCUUCUCAAACAUGCUUAGCUCACAUCUGGACUGACGAGCUUUCCUAAGAGGAGUACACUUGCUCUGUGAGGAUGAUUUGGAAAACAGCUUUGUACUAUGCACGAUUCGGACUCGUCCUGGCUUUAGUGUCCGGACAGCUCACUGAAGAACAGAAGAAGACGAUCUUGAAUUUACAUAACAUGUACCGCUCCAUCGUCAAUCCCCCAGCUGCUGAUAUGCUACGCAUGACGUGGGAUGAUGGACUAGCUUUGGUGGCAGCAGGUUACGCCGCUCAAUGCAUUUGGGAACACAACCCGGAUGUGAAGAACGAACUGGGAGAAAACCUCUUCAUCACCACCGGGACUCUAAACGUCAACAAAUCCAUAGAUAAGUGGUUUGAUGAACAAGAACAUUACAACUAUGAAAGCAACAUAUGCGAGGUAUGGAUAUGCGGACAUUACACGCAGGUAGUGUGGGCGAAGAGCAACAAUGUCGGCUGUGCAUCCCACCUCUGCGGGACGGUUAAGAAUUUAGCGUAUAAGAACUCGACAAUUCUGGUCUGCAACUAUUCCCCACCAGGGAAUGUUGUUGGAAGACGCCCGUAUGCUAAAGGAGCGCCAUGCUCCAAUUGUCCAGAGAAGGCGGUCGAAUGUAUAGAAAACCUCUGCACCCCCACCGACAAUACGACGGAUGAGUACUACAUGGGCACGCACCCGACAGAAACACCACUGACGAGAGCUGUGAGUUCAGCGGGAUUUACAAAACUCUCAGCGGCUACGCUGCUGCUCACUGCUCUGACGGUCACUUUUAUACUCUAAAUACUUGAAUACGAUCAUACGGCUAAAGCCGCCAAUCCUGACAUGUAAUCCUAAGACAUUUUUUAUUAACUGUGGAUGAAGUUCUUCAGAUGCUCUUGUUGCUUUGAUUUAUUACCACUAGACUUUCACCAUCGACAGCGUUCAUAUCAGAUGUUAGCGGCCGUUUCGAGAGCCGCUCCAGAUUAUAUUUAGCGAUCACAUUGCUCGUGCGUUUAUGUGAGGCACAGAUGUCAGGUCACGUGUAAAAGCUACACUAUGAGAGAUUGCUUUUUGUUGUCAUUAUUUAAAUAUUAUAAUUAUUAUCAUUAUAAGUUAAGGGAAAUCCUUUAACAGAAAAUCUGUCGAGUACAAACCUGGAAACAACUGAUGGAAGCUAGUUAGCUAACAGAGAACAUAAAGUAAAUAAAAUUACACGGAUGAGAAAACAAAUUAUUCAAAAGUAUAUAAAUAAACACAGGAAAAGACAAAAGAAGUCAGAGUUCUCCGCAUUCUCAUUUGUUUAGCAAGAUAUAACUUUAGAUCACAGCUAUUAGCCUCAGAAGCACAGAAAAAUAAACAUAACUCGUUUGUAAAAAUGUUUCAUAUAUCUGGUUAAAAUGAACCUGUAUAAUCUGAAGAAGUCUAACGCUCGAGCACUUAAGCCAAAGCUAAAGGAAAGUAGCUUUGCUCAUUUAUUUAGCAUUAAGUAAAUGUAUUUGAGGAAUUCUUUGACUACUUUGGCAGUGUUAUAAAUGCAUACUAUUGGUGUUGUUACUAUUUAGACAGUUUACUUGAAUAAAUAGAUCGUAUUAAUUGACGCUUUUAGUUGUUCAAAGCGGUUACAACAUGGUCAAAAACAUUAGCUUGCAAUACCAUGUUUGUACCACAGAGGGCAGACUUUAAUGCACAAGUUUAAAUAUAUAAAGUUUAUAUAUAAAGUUUAAAUUAUUUCAUUUGUUGUGUAGAGCAAAAUGUGUGAGUGGUGAUACGACAUGACUGAAUUGAAAAUAAUCAUGAAUUUGUUUUUAUAUUUAGUCUGAACUCUUACGUUAAUGCUCUAAUUUGUGAUCAAAUACAAACUGGAAAAGGAAACGAUUAUGAAAUCUUACAUCCUGGCAAAAUAACUGGAACUGAGUGAAGUAACUGGAGUGUGAUGAGUAAUAAAAGGACGUAUUGUGUAGUAUUACAUCAGCACUUUGUUAUAAAAUACACAAUCAUAUGAUUUCUUUUUCUUUAUUUAAAUCAUAAUCAUAUGAUUUCUUUUUUAUGAUUAUAUCAAACUACUAAACUUUUGAACAUCAUUUGCUGAUUAACAUGUUUCUUUAAACUCUAAAACUUUUUUAAAUUUUUUUUAUUACAUACAAUCAGGUGUAACAGGGUUCACUUCCAGGGUUGAUGGUUCGAUUCCCUUCUCUGAUAUCUAUCUAUUUGAUAUCGUAUGUUUAAGGGAGUCCAGCAGGGGGCGACAGAGUCUUAAUAACUGCUGAUAGAAAUAACUUGAGACCUCACAAACCCACCCACACACCACUUCUCUGUCUCAAGGCUAAUUAUUUACCUAUUCGAUGCAAUAUAAUUUUAUGCUACUUUAUAUUUUGUAAUAAACUACUUGUUAUUUUUACACACAA